ACAAGAACCAACAUGAACGUUGGUCGAGUUUGGCAAGUGGAAUACGCUUGCGGAUGGAACUUAUACACCAUGAAAUUCAUUGGGAUUUGGCCAGAGGAAAGAAGCUUCGAUCGAAUCUCGAGCUACAAAGUGUUAAUAGGAAUUGCAUUCAUCAUCUUGUUCUGCACCUUACCUCAAUCGAUAAUGCUAUGUCUCGAUCGAGACGACUUCGACAUGGUUAUGGAAAACUUAUCUGUGGACAACAUGAAUGGAACGAUAGCAUUCAUAAAGAUGAUAUGCUUCUGGUCCAGCGGAGGACAAAUGAAGGAUCUUCUCUCCGCAAUGGAGAAAGACUGGAAGGAAAUACCAACGAAAGAAGAUGAAAAGAAAAUGAUGAAGCAAGCGAAAUUCAGUAGGAUUUUAGCUACGAGAGCAACCUUUAUUUGUUACGCUCUUAUCGCGGUUUAUGCUGUGAAAAGAUGUUUAUCGAUGCGUACCGACGGUCGUCUUCUAUUUCUCUCGUCAUAUUUUCCAUACGAGACAAUGACGAGUCCGAUAUUCGAAUUGACCUUCAUCUGUCAAGUAAUUGGUUCGGUUUAUUAUACCACGGCGUAUACAACAGUGGAUACUUUUCUAGCUAUGUUGAUCCUUCACGUGUGCGAACAACUUUCGAGACUACAAAACGAACUGAUCGAUUUGAAUUCCAAUUCGUCGAUAUGA